UGUUCUCAAAGUGUUAAAGCUGAGAUUCAUCCUGGCUGAGAUGUUUACAGACAGUAGAUCAGAGACAAAUGAAACAGGGUUGAGAUGACCGACUGGCACUUCUCAUACAAGCAAAAUGGAACACAAAUUACUUUUGUUCAUGGGGUGGCUGGGUGGGUUAAUGGUUGUAUUAAGAAGGUCCUUUGUUAAAACUCUACCCGAUCAGCUAGGACCUGGCAGUUCAGGUGAAAGGGGAACUCUAAAGCAGUGGUUCCUAGCCUUUUUUCCUUAAGGGACCCCUUUUCUAUUAUUUUUUGAAACUGCUGAUGCCUGCCUAACUGACAUAUUUAAUGGAUAUUAUUUAUUAUACCACCAUGUUUCUACAGUAGCCCAGAAAAGACAAACCCCAAAAACUGGUUCUAGAUAGGGACGACCACCAUAGUUUCUCCCUGGUGAGGGAGGGUAAAGCACAAAGUACAUGUCCGGUCCUUAAACUCAGCUAUCAGGGAAUAAUUGUUAACAUUUUAAGGGAUUUUCUUGGUGAUAAACUUUACCAGUAGUUGACCAAGAGCCCCUGGGUCAGCAUCAGCUUUGGCCUCUGUGAAAGUGUUUCAUUUUUCAUGGAUGGAGCAGGUUCAGCUCGAUCCUCCUCUGAAGGAACAAACAUUGUAGGCUGCAGCUUUCAAAGAUACGGAUGCAAAUUAAAAUCUCAUUUGGUGGUUUUAACUUCAUCAGUCCACCUCCAUAACGCAUACGUCAGUAUCUAAUGUGAUAAGAAUAAUACAUUCAGUCACUUGGCAGAUGGAAGGUAUUCUUAUGCAGCUUCACAGAUAGUGGUGAUAGAUGCUAAUGAAACAAUGAAAACUGUUGCUUCAUCUAUAACCACCGCUGGGAAGUCACGUGUUGAGAGCUCAUCAGAUGUUUGCUGUUACAGGGAGAAAAUGUCUGAGAAUAAAUGAGAACAUAUGCAGGCUGCAGAAUCCGUGCAUGAUGAUUUUAAUCCACAGGAAGGGCCGCUGGUGCUGGAGCCUGGUCCGGUGUUUGCCAAGGACGGAGACAAGAACAGGAGCGAGCAGAUCAGCUACAGAAUACUCCGGGGAAAUGAGGGAAAUAUUUUCCAGAUUGAUGAGGAAACAGGAAACAUCUCCAUGGCUAAAGCUGCUGAUAUCGUCGGCCCAAUAACUCUCACAGUUCUGGCGUCACAGGUGACCAACAGGGAUCAGUUUGCGGUGACGCAGGUGACCAUCGAGGUGAUGAAGAAGAGCAGAAACCCUCCUCGCUUUGAGAAGGAGCGAUACGAAGGAUUCAUCUACAGCAACUCCAUCCCCGAGAGCAUGAUCCUCCGAGACCGGAGCACCAACCGGCCCUUCAGGGUCAGAGCUCGGGACGAGGACUUUGCCGCCGGUUUGAAUCCAGAUGUGAAGUAUGAGGUUCAGUACAGCAGCUACGUCAACGUAACCUCAGAUGGUUUUGUGAUCCUGAAGAGAGUUGUGAAGACGGAGUCCUUCGCGCUUCAG